AUAAGAUGAAGCCGGCUAUUUUAAUCACCGUUCUUAUCUUGGUUGCAAUAGCAGCUAUAUCAGCAAUCCCCACUCCAGGCCGGCGGUUGAAUGAUGAGCGGCGUCCCAUGCACGAGUUUAGCAAGGAGAACUUCAGAAACAAACUCAUGGAUUACAUUAUGAAUCACGAGAAGAGAUGCAAGUAUGAUUAUUGCAGCCCUGGUGAUAGAUGCUGUGGUGGAAGAUGUGUCUGUCCAAUCGGAGCUUCAGCUGGUAGCUGGUGUAAUUGUGUACUAAACCGGUCUCGUUCAGGUUCAAACGAGAAAUAACUGAUCACACAUCUCUGCAUUGAUUGGUCGAGUGUACCAUGGCUCUCUCAAGCAGCAUGCAAAUAAGCGACUUUAAAAGCAGUAGGUCAGCCAAGUUGACGUAAGAGUGAAGGAUUUUAGUGAAAUUAUAUUCAGUAGUUCAAGCGCUUUUGUAAUCUCAAUAAAAACCAUUUUGAACAAG